AGCAACUCCAUCAUCAUCCCUCAAGCACCUCCAUCAUUGCUCUAGGCUAUGUCGAUAGCAUUCAGCGGCGAAUGCCUGGUGCUCCUUCUCUUCACUGGGUACAUGCUCCAUUACUACAAGGAUGCACACGUCGGGUACCUCGUCUACAGCUUUGUAUUUGUGAGCUGGUAUGCAGGCUUUCUGGGGCUCGUGUUGCUACCAGUGGACAUCUCGGCGACUGUGGCAGCGUCGUCCUCCACGCAUGCGUCUCUCUUGACAGGAUGGAAGCUAUUGUACUGGUUGACGUUCAUUCUUAGUUGGGUGAUCCUCCCCGUGCUCAUCGAAUACAGCCAGAGCGGUGCGUUCACGCCGCAGCAAAAGCUCCGCGCGUCCGUACAGUAUCUCCUCCGGCACUACGCGGUCCUUCUCGCCACUGGUGUCGCGCUACUGACGUACCUUGUAGUGGUGGACCAUUUCACGCUCUCUGGACUUGUCGGACUGGCCAUGACGCUAUCCAACACGUACGGCCUGCUGUGGCUGAUUGGGCUGCUCGGGUUCGGCCUCGUCAACGUCCCGCGCAGCGUGUGGCGCUCAGCGAGUCCACACGACCAGUUGCGGCGCAUAUACUUUCGCGCGAUCCAGAUCCACGACGACCGCGUCGAAGCCAUGUUCACGUACGAAGACGUCGUGCGUGACGUCCAGGACACGGUCCGGCGCUUUCAUGCGGUGGAGCAGUCCACCAUCAUUCUCACGCCGGAUGUUCAAUACAUCAAGCAAUGUUUGCGCCAUGUCACAGACACAUUGGGCCUCGACAACAACGACGAGGAGACGGGAGGUCGAAUGAAACGAGUCCAUAAACCAAAACCACUGCGGCCAUCGUCGUCAGCUCCUUCUGUCACGUCAUACGUCCAGCUCGAUCCAGCAUUACCUUCCGAAUCCGACGUGAUACUGCUGCAUGGCCGCGUGAAGCGCAUUAAGGCCGACUUGCGGCGAUGUGAACAAGCAUGGCAGGAAGUGUGCUGGUCCGCGCAGCGCUUGCUUCAGUGGGCAAACCAGGAAGACCAGCACCUCAGUGGCAGUGUAACUUCGUCGCCCACUUCAUCCAUGCUGGCCGCUUUACAUGUUAUGUGGCCGUACAUCGUGGGCGCCGCCACGGCAUGCUGUGUGUUUGGGUCGGUCGUGGUGUUGUGGAGCGAAGUGUUUAUGGGCGUCAACCCUCGGCUGUCCCCACUGGGCCAGUUGCUCACUACUUCCUCUGCCACUUCUACAGAAACUACAGCCAAGAGUGGUAGCUUGACUGUCCAGCUGGUCCUCGGCGCCGUGCUCACGUACAUGGGCACGUGCGUCUACCAAAGUUUGUUCUCCAUUCGAGGGUUUGGCCGAGUAGCGCUCCACGGCGCGCACAACUCGACCGAGCUAAGCCUUCUCACGGCGGCAGUCCAGCAGUGCCGACUGCAGUUUUCCCUUGGCUACAACUUUUGCCUGUUGCUCAACCGCCACGGCGUCACAGACCGCGCGGCGUUCCACACGCUGUUCACGGACAUGCGAAUGAUCCACUUCUUCGGCACCGACUUCAAUGUGUACCUGCCCAUGUGUAUGAUCGUCGUGGCCGCGGGAACCAUGUGGCAAGGGUAUGCACGCCUGGUCAAGUCGAUGGGAUUGGAGCAGUACGAAGAGCUCAUACCAGGGCACGUUGAACACGAAGCCAGGGUCCACCAAGGCGAAGCCCUUGUCAUGAAAGGUAUUGACAAGUACACGAAACGAAAAGCCAAAUUGGACAAGAUGGCGGCGGCGGACGACCAACGACGAGGGCGACAACGACAUGCCACAACUCAAGGCGAGACCGGAUUAGCCCAGGCACUUCUAGAUGAGUGAUAGUGGAGCUAAUGUGGAAUGAAUAUUAAUACACAGAUAUACAGUUUCCCC